AAGAUAUAAACAGUCUAAGGGGGGCAGACAAAAUUGGAACAUUGAAACUUUUACAAUAAGAUUUUAGAAUUAUUUAUAAAAUACAGACAGCAGCUUAUGGGAAAGAGAUCCUGUUUUGCUUUUUACAAGACACAAAAUAAAUAAUAGAUUUCAAAAACUGGACAUUAGAGGGAACUACAGAUUUUAGGUAAAGGAAAUAUAACAGGCCUCUCAAGUUGGUUAUGACAAUAAAAAUACUGAGGGAGACUUUUGAAGAAUGGAAUCAGUAGCAUUAUAUCAACAAUGCAGUAAUUAUGGUCUAGUUUUAAUGGAUAAACUGUCCAAAAGAUGCUUCUGAAGAAGUGUCAGAUGUAGACCAAAUGUUAUAUGACAAAAUAGAUAUGAUAUUGACAGUAGAUAAUUAUUUAGAAAAGGGAAUUGCACUGGAUCUACAAAUCUACAAAUACAACAGAUUGGUUUUUAAAAUUUAAAAGGCAAAUGAUAAACCAAGAGAAUGACUUGGACAAUUUUUUUCUACUGUAUUUACAGAAGGGGCUUAUUAAAGCCUUGAAGAACUCUGUAUGAAGAAACAAAGAAGAAAUGAAAUCAAACUCUGCAACAAUAUUUGAGUGAUAACGACUGUUAGAAGUAAAAGGAAAGAAUAUAAAGUUGGUUAUUUGACCAAGGUUAAAAUAAGAUAUGUUGUUACCUUUCCUGGACUUUCCACUGACACCAGGACUGAAAAUAUGGUUUAUGGAUAUGUUUAUAGAUAAGUGAUGGAAUAUGGGAUAAAAAGAUAAAUAUCUGUAACAUUCCAUUCUUUGAUUAGGAACCAUAUUGAAGCACAUCAGAUUAACACCAAUUUUUGAUUUGAGAGUAAAGAAGCAACACUAUAAAAUUGGGAUAACUAAGAACAACUUUAAACUGCCUUCAUGUGUCAUGAAGACAUGGGCAAACAUAGCCUCAUAGCAUGUUUACACUGCAGUUAUAAGAAGUGAGAUUUAUCAGGUUUAUUUUAGAUAGGCUACCAAAUUGUGCAUAGAUAAAAUUAUCUAUAUCUCUUCUUUGCCAUCAAGUAAUUUGGAUUUUUGCAUCUCAGAUAUGGUUACCCUACCCUGCAUAAUUAAGUUUGCUGAAGACGCAGGACAACGGGGGCUCUCUUAACUUUCACUAUAUUUACUGCACAAUGAAGGUCUCUGUUAUGCUGUCAGAUGUGAGCUCUGAAAGUACAGACCACCAUUAGAUGAUGGAAGGGAAUUACAUUUGUAGGCCUAUUUUUUGUGACCAAAUGGUGAUCCUUCUGCUUGCAACGUAACUCUAAUGUAGAAAUUUUAAUCCUAGAACAAUUUUAGGAUUCAACUGUAAUUCACCUUUAUUACUCCACUGAAAAAUACUGUAUUUAAAUCAGGGGUGUCUAACCUUGGGAACUUGAAGACUUGUGGACUUCAACUCCGUCCAUAAUUUUUAAAACUGCCAAGUUUGGACAUUCCUGAUUUAACCUAAACGACGUAAUGAGCGCGUCAAUAUAUAUGACUGAGUCUCGCGAUUUUACACGAGCGUCUUGUGCCUUUAAACUGGGGCCGGAGGGUGGGGGGACGGGGAACGAGGAUUUGCGUUUUUGACGGGCGGCAAAAAUAAGGGGACCAACUCUACCAUUCCCUUUAAUUUCUUUUUUCGGUUUCAGUUAAAGGGGAUGCGCGCGCAUGGAAAGAGAACUGCAGCCUAAAGAGAAGCGGGGCGGGGAGCGCUUUCCCCAACCGCUUGUUCGACUGAGCGAAGGCAGCUGAAAGUUGCAAAGGACCCGAAGACAAAAACCUUCGUGUUAAAGUAAAUGGAGAACAGGUACAGGACAGAUGCUGGGGAUUAGCCAAUGGAGAUCCAGCUAGUAACAGUGAAGGAAGAGAUUGGAUCAGUUCUGCCCACUGUAUGCCCCCUGUGCCAGGAAGACCUGCCAAGCUUUGCUGGGCCCCACAAGCCAAUACCCCAAUGCCAGGGCUUCAGAAACUUCCUUUUAGUGCCUCAGAGCUGGUUGUCCAGCAGUAUUGAGGCUUUGGUCCUCCCCGCUGAGAGGCCUUACAGCUGCUCUUUCUGCCCCAAACGCUUCAAGAGGGCUUCAGACCGACGUGAUCACGAACGGGUGCAUACCGGUGAAAGGCCAUAUGAAUGUGGCAUCUGUGGCAAGUGCUUCACUCAGAGCUCAGUGCUGUCUGGCCAUAUGCGCAUUCACACUGGAGAACGGCCUUUUCACUGUAGUGUCUGCUUUAAAUCUUUCAACAAUGGCUCCAACUUCCGCAAGCACCAACGCAUUCAUGGCCCACCAUUUGGGUACAGUGAAGGGAGAGUUGGUGGGAAGGAGUGGGAUUCUCUGCCUGGAAAGAAACUGGAGCAAGUGAAAGAAGGGAGGGGUGGCAGAAGUCUAAGUCCUACUCUUCUGUUGAAGCAAAACGGCUGUCAGACCAUCCAAGAAUUAAGAGAAGGCAAGAACAAGGCCGAUCAAAACCUUCAAGGGAAGCAAAGUUGCUUUUAUAACACUAGGCUUAGCCAAGGGGAUUACUGCACUAGCAGCCAAAGACAACUAAGUGGUAGCAUGGAUACCUUCAACAGAAUGGGACUGCAACAGGAUGAUGUCAGUCUUGGUAUUAAUCUUGCUACAAGGCAGGGCAACCAAGAUGAUCUCAAGGCAGAUGCUCUGAAGCAAGCAAAUGACAGCAAUGGGCAUGCUGGGGAACUAGGGGGAAACAGCAAUUGCAGCUACCGCCAAGAAUCCAUCCCCAAUGGCCACAGCUUCAAGCAACUGCCAGAGGCAAGCGCUGAAGAUCCCACAGAUCCCUUCUCAAGGCAGAACAGAGCAGGGGGAAGCCACAUUCAGGAAGAACAGAAGCAACUGGUUGACAGCUGCCCUGGUAAGUUACAGCUAGAGAGUGGCAGCAGCUGUGGGAAAGGCUUCUUGCUAGUCGCGGACAACAGGGGCUCUGCUCACAAGCUGAAUCAAGGGAGCUCUGAGAGGGGUUUUGGAAUAAGGAGGCCAAAUGGCCCAAGAGGGCUCAAACAGAGCAGAGGGGCAAGUGGAGGAACAGAGAUAAGGCAAAAUGGUAGAGGGGAAGGCGGUGUGGGGGGAUUCAAUGAAAGCAAAACUUUAGUUUCCGAGCCAGAGGAAAACAAUAGCCAGGGAGUUUCUCUCGGUGUCCUUAGAGAAAGAGAGCUGACCCAGAAGAGUAACACCCACGGAGACUUUCAAACAUGUGCCUCAGAAAAGUUGAAUGUUCUCAAAGUGGAACCAUCUACGUGGCUCAAACAUGGCAUAGCCUGGGAAGAUCUUGCCUCAGAAAUGGAUGACUCUGAAGGCUCUUCUCCCAGUCUGAAGGUUACAAGAUCACCUUGGCAAUUGGAGGAUCCUGAUCCAUGUUCUGUAUCUUGCAAUGCUUGUGAGUCUCAGAGAUACCACUCUUUGCAGGAUCAGCUUGGAAGUACUGCUCAGCAUAGGGAAGAUGAGAGGCCCACCUCUUGCUUUCUUUUCCCAGCUUGGGAGCCCUCCAAUGGACACACUCCCUCUACACUUGAAUCCAAGCCGUUUCUCUGCUUUGCCUGCCCCAAACAGUUCCGUCGUGCCACAGACCUGAAGGAGCAUUUACGAGUGCACACAGGUGAAAGGCCCUUCGGCUGCAGUGUCUGUGGCAAGCGGUUCACACAGAGCUCAGCCUUAACCACUCACCGGAGACUGCACACUGGAGAGAAGCCCUUUGAAUGUGCGGUCUGUUGCCGCCGUUUCAAUAACUCCUCUAACUUUGCCAAGCAUCGUCGAAUACAUGGGCCAGACAGCAUGGGGUAUAGGAAUAAAGCAGUAGAAAAAGAACUCUGGAAGGUAAAACCACAUUGAUUUUGUUUUUCAAUUCCUACAUUGAAAGGUAGAAUGAACAAACAAGGAUGAAAUGUGCUAUUACAAUACUGAAUGCUGAGGUUUUAAUAAACAAUUUUCCAGACAAUUCAGUGCCUCCAGAUGUUUUGAAACUCAACGCCUAUGAACACCAAUCAGCAUCUUCAUAGUGGGCAAUUGCGCCCCAAAUUAUUGGAAAGCACCAAGUUGUUAUCUGGGACCUGGCAUUUCAUAGGCAGGUCAUAGCUGUAUGCCGUUUUUCUUGAUUUACUGAUUGAUAACAGCAAACCAGACCUUGGAGACUGCAAUCAAAUUACAAUUUUUAAUUCCAGACUGAAUAACCAUAGAAACUUAAAAUGCAAAGGCGGGAAGGAGCAUGCAGAUCUGUAAUGCAUUUAGCCAGCCCCAUCCUAGGUUUGAUACCCUGCUUGAAUUGAGUCACGGGGAUCAGAACAGUUCCAGUUAAUGUUCAGCAUCAUCUAGAUAUCAAUCAAAAUCAAUGUUUUGGCUUGUUAUCACAGGUAGCUCCCGACUUACAACAACUGGGACCAGAAUUUCUGUUAAGUGAGUUGUGCCCAACUUUUGCCACAGUUGUUAAGCAAAUCUCUGCAGUGGUUAAAGGAAUCAUGUGAUUUUAGACAAAUCUGACUUCUACCAUUGACUUGUUGGAAGCCAUCUGGGAAGGUCGCAAAUGGUGAUCACAUGGCCCAUGGGACACUGCGACCAUUAGUGAUACAUGCCAGUUUUCAAGUGCCUGAAUUUUGAUCAUGUGGACACGGGGUUGUUGCUAUGGUCAUAAAUAUAUUGGUUGAAAAUCACUUUCUGUGCUGUUGCAAUUUUGAAUGGUUGCUAAACAAAAGGUUGUUAAGUGGAGGACUGCCAAUGAAAAGAAGACUUAGUGUAUUAAUGCCUGCUGCAGUUUCUAAGGUGGGGCACAGAAUGGAGAGCAGAUUUAGUUAGAUUUGGGAACUGCCUCUGCCCAUCUUGCUAGCUCAAUGGGCUGUGUGGUCAUCCACUGUGGGUAACACAAGAUGCUGUGCAAACUCACCCAGCCUAGUGAGAUUAGCAAGUCAUGGUACUGUUAACCAAAGCUAGCAUGCUAUGUGAACAGAGCCAUGCUUUGGUCAGAAUUUUCCUGUUACCAAAAAAAAAAAAAAGUUAUUU